AUGGCUGCCGUAACUAGACAGCCAGGGAGCUACCAUCCAUCAGACUUCCAGAGUGGCCUCUGCGACGUCUUCAGUGACUGUGGGACAUGUUGUUAUGGUUGGUGGUGCUUCCCUUGUCUGGGCUGUUCUAUCGCCAGUGAUAUGGAUGAGUGUUGUCUGUGUGGGCCAACCAUGGCCAUGCGCACCAUGUACCGUACCAGAUACAACAUUAAGGGCUCCUUGUUUGGGGACUUCUGUUCCAUCUUGUGGUGUAGGGUCUGCUCUACCUGUCAGCUGAAGAGAGACAUAGAUCUAAGGAAGGAGCAGGGGAUCUUCUGA